AUGUUUCUUUCCCUCUUCUCUCUGCUCUCAGAAUCAGACAUUGCUGACUUUGAUGGCCGGAGCUCACUUCUGUACCGGUUCAGUCAGAAGACAAUGAGCACCCUCAAAGAUGUGAUCUCCCUGAAGUUCAAAAGCAUGCAAGGAGAUGGUGUUCUGUUCCAUGGUGAGGGACAACGUGGUGACCACAUCACCCUAGAGCUCCAGAAUGGCAGACUAGUCCUAUACUUGAACUUGGAUGACAAAAAAGCCUGGCUCAGCAGCAUCACACCUUCGGCCAUUCUGGGUAGCCUUCUGGAUGACCAGCACUGGCAUUCAGUGUUCCUGGAGCGUGUGGGUAAGCAGGUAAAUUUCACUGUGGACAGGAACACACAGCACUUCUGGACCAAGGGUGAGACAGAGGUCCUGGAUAUCGACUAUGAGCUCAGUUUUGGAGGAAUCCCAGUACCAAGCAAACCUGGGACCUUUGUAAAGAAAAACUUCCAUGGCUGUAUUGAAAACCUUUACUACAAUGGAGUGAACAUAAUUGACUUGGCUAAAAGACGAAAGCAUCAGAUCUACUCAGUGGGCAAUGUCACUUUUUCCUGCUCAGAACCACAAAUUGUGCCCAUCACAUUUGUCAACUCCAGGAGCAGUUAUUUGUUCCUGCCUGGAACACCCCAAAUUGAUGGUCUGUCAGUGAGCUUUCAGUUUCGAACAUGGAAUGAGGAUGGUUUGCUUCUGUCCACAGAGCUUUCUGAAGGCUCAGGGACCUUGCUGCUCAUCCUGGAGAGUGGGACUCUGAGACUCUUGAUUAAGAAAGUGACAGGACAUGGAACUGAAAGUCUCACAGGCAGAAGCUUAAAUGAUGGCCGAUGGCAUUCUGUCAGCAUCAAUGUCAGGAGAAAUCGUGUUACUCUCACUGUGGAUAAUGAUGUUGCUUCCCCAGCUCCAGAAACCUCUGGGCUACAGAUUUAUUCUGGAAAUAGUUACUACUUUGGAGGGUGCCCUGACAAUCUCACCGUUUCACAAUGCUUAAACCCUAUUAAGGCUUUCCAAGGCUGCAUGAGGCUCAUCUUUAUUGAUAACCAGCCCAAGGACCUCAUUUCAGUUCAGCAAGGUUCCCUGGGGAAUUUUAGUGAUUUACACAUUGAUCUGUGUAGCAUCAAAGACAGGUGUUUACCAAACUACUGUGAACAUGGAGGACAUUGUACCCAAACCUGGACUAGCUUCUACUGCAACUGCAGUGACACUGGUUACACAGGAGCCACCUGUCAUAACUCCAUCUAUGAGCAAUCCUGUGAGGUAUAUAGACACAGAGGGAACAAAGCUGGGUUCUUCUAUGUUGACUCUGAUGGCAGCGGCCCACUAGGACCACUACAGGUGUACUGCAAUGUUACUGGUAAAGAUGAGACAGUAUGA